CUCUCUUACUUACUUCAUCACUUGUACUUCACGAUUCAAAGUGUUCCACUUAUAUAUCAUUCUCAGUCUCUAACACUCAAUCAACCUCCCCGCAGGGCUCAGCAGCUUAGCGAGUUUGCUCUGUUAUAAGAAACGAUUUCAAAGAGUCACUCAACUUGAUUUGAGCAAGUGAUUGAGCAUCUUUCGACUUGAGUAGUCCGACGUCCAAUCGAUCCGCACAGUUGAUCAGUCUCAGAAAAUUAUCGUACUCUCCUGAAACCACCGAUUGGACUAAAAUUUGAAUUUCUUCGAAUGAACUCCUCGUAAAACUUUUAUCCUUGACCUGAUACAAGUUCAACGAUACACGAAAUGGACUCAUCCUCUAAUCUUCCUUCUCAACCGUUCUCCAACUCGCAUCAAACUCGCUCAAAUUCGUAUCCAACUCAUUCAAACCUAGAUACACACUUCGAAUGGACAACUGGACCUGCUCUAUCUCGUCUUAUAAAUUCUUGGCCAUCUACGUUACUUUUAAGAAAUCAAAUUUAUCAACAUUCUAACACUCGAAAUCAUCAACCGGACCCAAAUCUUACUUAUCAUCAAUUCAACUCUCAUAGUCCAAGAAACACAGUCGUACCUAGCAUUCAUCAAUUAUCAUUAUUAAAACCACGUAAUCAUCAAUCUUCAUCAACAAACCCAGAUCCAAUUCAAGGAAACUCACAUUAUCAAUCAACGGCCCAUCAACGUGCAUCAGUAGAUUC